CUGGCGGGCGCAGCCAUAAAUAAGUUCAUGCAUUUAACGCAAACGUUAUCGCAUUUUAGCAUGGGAUGACACGUACGCUUAACUCCAGCAGGCAAAUGUCAUAUUAUUAUUGACCACUGUGAAACAUAAGGUACCUGAGUUAAGAUCAUCAUGUGGUGGGUAGAGAAACUUGAAUCUGCAAACAAGCUCAUACUUUUUCAAAAUAACCGUCCAGUCCGAAAUGAACAUGAUGUUUUAAUUUUCAUCGUGGCUGUCAGUGCAUUGCAAGAGGAUGAAACUGGAAGAACUAUAACGGUCAGUUUUGAAAACGGGUCGAGCCUACAGCUAUCCCUGGAUGAUUUCAGUCAAAGAGACACCAGUUUGAAGGCAGAUUUGAAGGCAAUAAACUUUGUCAAGCAGUUUGCUAAGGAGUUUUCGGGCCAGUUACCAGCAGAAGAACAACCUAAAACUAAAAAAAGCGGCUAUGGUGUGCGACAUGUUGUAGCAGGGUGUGUUGUCGGAGUAGGUGCUGUUGCUGCAGCUCCAUUUGUACUCACUGCUGUAGGAUUUACAUCAGGUGGAAUAGCAGCAGGAUCCAUUGCAUCAGGCAUGAUGUCUUCUGCAGCAAUUGCAAAUGGUGGCGCUGUUGCAGCAGGAAGUGGAGUGGCUGUUCUGCAGUCAGUUGGAGCUGCAGGGUUAGGAGCUGCAGGUACUGCUGCAGUUGGUGGUGCUGGUGCAGCAGCUGGGGCUGGUGCUUCUGGUGUAGCAGGUUUCUUUCAGAAUUACUUUAGAGGACGUGGAGACUCUACAACCGAGAACAAGACCUCCAAUACAACACAGGAGGAUGAUGAUUAUGAUAAUAAUGGUGAUGGGGAAGAUGGGGAUGGGUGGGUAUUGGGGGAGGGGGGAGAGGGUAUGGGGGGUUAUGGUUAUGAUUGGGAUGAUGAUAAUGAUUAG